AUGGCUGCGUAUCUCCCCAUCCACCGUUUCGGGAAAUGUGAGGAUGCGAGCCAUCCUACGGUGACCGCGACUCCCACCACUGUCUCCAACGACUUAUCAUCCCCCCACAGCUCGACGUUCCUGAGAAAGUACCUGACGGACGCGACGAUCAGCCGCGAGCACGUCCGCGUGCAGGCCAUCGCCUACAACGACGACAGCGGCGACGGCGGCAGCGAGCAUGAUGCUGCUGCUGCUCCGUCAAGGGUGCGCGUGUCGGUCGUUGGGUCUAAUCCUGUGCUCCUCGUCCGCCGGAAGCCGCCGGGUGGGAAGAGCUACAUUCACCGAGGACAGAGCGCCGUGGCCGGAGUCGGCGACGGCUUCAGGUUCUGCCGGGGAUUCGACAAGGUCGUCCGGGUGGUGACGGUACCCCAGCCGCCGCCGCCGCUGAGCAGCAGCCAACAAGAACGAGCGGGGUCCCACGAAGAGGGAAACAGCGGCGACGACGGCGAGCGUGCGCGAGAUCCAACCUCGAGUCGUAGCGCCGCUUGUGGUGUUGGAGGGGGCGCCAGAGAGGACGGCAGUAGACCCUCUGGCGGACUUGCCGGGGGUGCCGCUAUCGCCGAGCGGCAACGUCGAGGUAGCGGCGAGAGCGAGAGCGACGUGCGACUAGGGGACGGCCAGGCCUCUGCUGCUGCUACUGCUGCUGCUGCGGGGGUGUCGCGGUGCACCGCCGAGGGAGCGGCAGCUUCUGUCGCGCCGGCGGCUACUGUUGCGAUAUCCGCGAAGCUGUCUGGUGAUCAGGGCAAGCGUAGCGUGGAGGGGCGUGACGAGAGCGCCGGAGGACGAUCGGAUGACGGCGAGGAAGCCGAGAAAUUGAAUCAUGAAGAAGAAGACCGGAGCGGAGGAGCCAGCGGUUUUUCGGCGACGGCUGGAAAUGUUUCGGAGGGCGGGGGGGCGAAAGAUACCCAUGCGCCGAUGCAAGAACAGGAGGAGGAGGAGGAGGAAGAGGAGGGGGACGGCAGCGAUCGGCAGGAUGGAGGUGACAGAAGGCGGAGGAGGGAGAAAGAACACCACCAGCGGAGGCGACGGCAACGGCAGGGCGGGGACAAACAAAGGGGUGGGGCAGGGGCGCAAGGAUCCACCGACACCGCGUUGGCCUCCAGAAGCAGGGACGGUGUUUCUUCGUCCAGUCCUGUUGCUGCUGCUGCUGCUGCUGCAACUCUGCGUGUGGCGCUAGUCGGACGAGGGUUCUCGAAGAACCAGCAGGAGGUGUUCAGGAAAAACGGAUCGAAGCUUGGCAUGGAGGUUCUCGUGCGCCCUGAAGCCAAGGUAGGGAAACCCCCGAACUUGUUCGAGGCCUCGCCUGGCGCUACACCUGGCAAGGGCAAGAAGCGCAGGCGCAGCAGCGGCAACGAGCGGCAUCAUCGAAUGUCGCUACCACUGCCGCCGCCGCUGCCGCCAUUGCCACCGCGGCAGUUUGCCGGCGGCGGCGGCGGCGGCGGCGGCGGCAGCGGUGGGGGGGGACUGCUGGAGCAGCUUCGCACAGAGAAGUUCGCUGUGGCGGUUUGCUGGUCGGAGAAACUCGCCCCUUGGGCCGAACUCCUUGGUCCCACCGCGGCAGAGAGAGGGGCGGAAGUGCCGCCAUCGGUAGGAGUGGGGAUGGGGCUAGGCGACGGUGGGGGUGGUCGUGGAGCUGGCGGGAGGGGCGUCGAGGUCGUGGGACACCAGUGGCUGCGACGGGUGGACACAAGGCCCUACCUGUUGUCGCCCCUCAAGAAAGACGACGCGGUUGGAGCGGAGGAGGAAGGGAAAGAGGAAGGGGGCAGGGAGCCGGCGUUCGUGGUGCCCAUGUACGCCUGCCAGAGGCCUACGCCAAUGAAGCACCACAACCACGAGGUCACCGACGUCCUGGAUGCUAUGACCAAGAUGUACAAGGUCGUCGGAGAUUGGCAGAGGGCAGACUCCUUCAUGAGGCUCUCCUCCGUCUUGCGAUUUCUCGACAGAAGGAUACGGUCCGGGAGCGACAUCCGCCACGUGCACCACGUCGGAGAGCGGAUGGUCGAGGCCGUCGACGAGAUACUAGAAACCGGCACCCUCGGCCGAUUAGAAGAGCUCAAGAGCCACCCCCGGAACCAGGUGUGCCAGGAGCUCAUGAAGGUGCACGGCGUAGGUUCGAGGACGGCCAAGGAUUGGUACAACAGGGGCAUCCGCAGCGUGGAAGAUGCGCGGAGGACUCUCCUCCCCAACGACGACGACACCGAAGGUGAAGACAAGCGGCCCAAUCUCAAGCCCGAGGUCGUGAUGGGACUGAAGCACUUCCACGACAUGCAGGUAGUACAGAAGCGAAUACAAGGUCCCACAUGUAGUCAGCUCUAA